AUGCAAAAAGAACAGGAACAAUGUACAAUGAGAGAAAAAAAACGAGUUGAACUAUUCUUUAAAGAAAAUGAAAUAAAUGGCAAAAAUUUAGAAACAAAUUUAAAAGAAUUAGAAAAACUCAUUAAAGAAAGAGAUGAAUUAAGGAAGCAUAUAGACGAACUUAUUAAAGAAAGAAGAGGAUUUAAAAUGAGCAUCGACAAAUUUAAAAUUACACAAACAUUCAUUGCUCAAUUAAUAACAAAACUUUAUAGAGAAAGAAAUGAAUUUGAAAAUCUA